AGCCAGCAACUUCAUGACGGAAGCGGCCUGAGUCGCUCCAUCUGCGAAGCCAACCGGCCGAAAGACAUCAGACAUGGAGACUCGAGUAGUGGCCCAAUCCGCACUGAACUGCACAUAUUGAGAGACAACCUCCACACACCCGGUACACCAGCUCCACCUCAGGCUGGCCCAGCAUGACCAUCACCACCGCUGCCACCGCUGCCACCGCCGCCGCCUCGUCCUCAACAGGCUCCAACAUCUUCGCCGGCACUGCGCUGCUGGUCGUCGCACUGGCUUGUAUUCUGGCCAUCCGCCACUAUCUUCCCCUUCGGCACACUCCGCAAUGGCUGCUGCUGCCCGUCUUCCUGGCCCUAUUCCUGCCCUGCUCCAUCGUCCUUCUGGUUCCCAUCGAUUGCGCCGAGACGCACACCUCUACUGCCUUGUGGCUCCCUGAAAGAGCCACAUUGGUGGCCUGGCGCAUCGCAUAUUGGCUCACCUUUGUCCUGACAUGGUUUAUCCUCCCUCUCCUGGGCGAGUACUGCGAUUCCGGCUUCCGGGACACGCGCCAGCGCAUGGUUGACUCCGUACGAUCCAAUCUGCGCUAUCAGAUCAUCGUGCUAUCGACGGGUCUCCUCGGACUGGUAUACUUCAUCUUCGAGAAUGGCUUUCACGUGGCGAGCAUCAAAGGUCUUCUGAUGGCUCUGGCCUAUACCUGGGGCUUGAUUCUGGCCAUUGGGCUCAUGGGCCAUGGUUUGGUAGCAAUGCCCCGACGGCUAUUCAGAAACGCCAAAGUGACAUCUCGCUUGCGAUUUCUGCACACACAGGCGCCAAAGAUCAAAGACAAGCUCGACGAUGCGGAAGAGGUGCUGGAGCGGUUGGAGUGUACAGUAGCACAGCUGGGAAAGCACAAGAGCGGCGCAAGCAGAGAGCAACAAGAAUGGAUAGAUGAGCUCGCCAGCGUGCCCGAUGCACGAUCGGGAGUAGCUGCGACCAUGCAGGCCACAAAUGCCAGCAUUCCGGCUGUCAUAACCGACAGGUAUCUGGCGGAUCUCACGCGCAAGGUCAAGCGUGCCCGACACAGGAAAGCACGCUUUGUAGACGAAUGGAACCACCUAGUGCAAAGAGCAUGCGACACUCAGGCGAUAGUAGACUCAGCAACCACCAAGGAACUGAAGUUCGCAUCUGGCGGCUCAGGAAAGAGUCUUGUGCUCCUAACGCCCACGAUGCGAUACCAUUUGCACAUGAAUGUCGUUCCUGCAUUACGUAUAGCUCUAGCUGCAGUGCUCGCCUUGGCUUCAGUGCUGAUUGUCUGGAGUGAAAUAAUCAAGGCCUUUGCGCCGCAACUAUCGGUAAUCGGCCUGACGGUUGUGCAUCACCCACAUUCGAAGAGUGGAUGGACCGUCAACAUCGGCGGCCAAUUGAUGGCUGCUCUCUGGUUGUUGUACAUGGACGCGUCGGCGCUAUACGCCAUAACCGAUGUCAAGAUCUGGGGAAAUCGUGCGCUCGUCAAGCGGCAGACUUAUGCAGAGAGCGCGUGCUGGUAUUCGAUGCAAGUCGCAAAGCUCACUGUGCCCCUGAGCUACAACUUCGUGACAAUGCUACCCCCGACUGUAUUCGAGAAGACAAUGUUCUUCCAGUUUCUAGGCAAGCUCCUGGACAUCACCCCUCUUGGCCAGGGAUUCAGCCGCUUCUUUCCCUGCUUCCUGCUCCUACCGGUCCUGGCAACCUUUUUCAACGUCUAUGGCAAGACGAAAAACAUGUUUGGUUUUGGUGUACUCGAGGACGAAAGUGAGGAGAACCCAUCCGGGUUCGGGACCGGAGGUUGGAGAGAAGGCAAAGCAUUGGUCGAUCGCGAACUACAAUCUCGCGGUGCUGACAGUAGUUUGCUUGGUCUCAUGACGCGUGGGGCAUCCUUGGACUUGGAGCAGCAAGCCAGCAAUACAUCUUCUUCUGCUGCUGCUGAUGCUGGUGCUGGCAGGUCGGCAAGAAUCGCACAGCGUCAAGGAGAAGGUGGUGGUCGAGAGCGGCCUGUUGCCUUUCGCGAUGAUAAUACCAGGGAAGCCAACCGACAGUUUAACGCCAUUACGAACCAGCGAGAAGAGGAAGAGGAUGAUAGCGCAAGGCACUUUUACCAGGAUUUUGGGGAACGAUUGCAGAAUACCUUCACGUCCGUCGAGACUCCGGAGUUCAUGAAGAAGAUUGGAAGUGCGUUCAAAACACCACAGUGGAUGCAAGACAAUGAAGCGAGUGGUUCAGUGCUCUCGAAGUGGUUUGGUGGAAGACCUGAAGAUGGGCGAGUGAGAUUGUGAGACGCUGGUGGUACUCGAGAACUGACCCUUGUGCGAGAAUCAGAACUGCACCGACACUUGUUAAGAUUUUAGACUGGUCUUGCACCGCAAUCAAAUCCAGAUAGAUAUUAUGCAUAUACAGGCAACAUAGAAGAAGGCUCGCUUGAACGCAGCAGCAGAAGUGCAACGGGACCAUGCCCUCCACCAUCCUGUGACAAGGCUCAACUAAUCUUCUUGAUACGUCUCCUGCCGAUAUCAAUCUUGCUCUGUACCCUCUCCACGUCCUGCUCAAUCACGCCCAGCAUCUCAUUCUGUACCGUUAGCUCCUCAUUAAUGAGGAUUCCCAUAUCCUUCAACUUGGCGACUGUUUUGCCCAGACUCAGGACAUCUUCCUCUUGCUCCUGCAUCACCUGCUUCUGCAACUGUAGCACGCCCGUAUUAUCCAGUUCCCUCGUUCGUUCCGUCUCCUUCAACGGCCCUCCUAAUACCCGUCCACUAGGCUUCGCCGUAGCUGCCGAAGUCCCCUUCCACAAUUCCGACUUUUGUUGUGAUGUUGCAGCCGCAGAUGUGUUCAUCAUCAUACUACUACUGCUGCUAGCGCCCUCACCUGCUUUGGCCGAUUGUGUCGCCAUACUCUUCAACACGCCCUCGAGUCCUUCGACUUCCUUCUUCGCAGAGCCUACCAGAUCUCGUCUCCGACGUAUCUCACCGUCGCCGAGCCGUUUGGCUCCUCCCCACCCACCCUCGUCGCCUUUGCUCGCGGCGGAGAUGGCUUGGAGUCCAUCGUCCAGUUGCGCGAUAGUUGUUGCUGCUCGCACGAGACUGGCUUUGGCCUCGGCGGAGAUGGUGUGUUGAGCUUGAGCGGUAGAGGCGCUUUCCCGCCGUUUGAGCAACGAGCGAGCAGCUUGGAGUUGUGUUUUCAGUUCGCGGUGGAGGUCGAGCCAAUGGCUGGGGUCUGCAGCGGGUUGUCCAAUAGUACCGGCGUUUGUGGUCAAUGUGUUUCCUUUCGUGCGGCCAGAGGAGGUCGUAGAAGAGGAAGAAAGAUUGAGGAAACUGCGCCAGGCGCUGCUGCUGCGCCAUCUGGCAUCUUCGGCGGCGAGAAUGGCUUGCAGGUAUUGCUCGAGGCCACGGCGGCGCUCUUCGGUCAGACUCGCAUUGUUGACGGUGCGCCGGAGCCACGACUUCGCGGGCAGGGCUACAGGCGGUGGUGUGCCUACUUCGGACACCAAGGCAUCGUGUAGCGCAGCGAAGUCGUUGUACCGCUUCUGGGUGUCGUGGCGGCGCAGAGGCAGCUGCAGCGAGAUAUGGUAUUGUGUAAACGGCUUGCCGUCCGCGGGCGUCGCUGUCGAUGCCGAGGGGACAGUGAUGGUCAGCGCCGGUGCCAUCUCUGCUGCGUUGUUAUGUGAAUCAUGUUCAUCUUUC